AUGUGGCCGUUCUCCAAGUCUGAGGAUAAACAGGACUUAGAGGAGAUAGGUAAAAACCUACCUCCUGAUUUGAAAGAGUUUCUAAUCAAGGAGAACCCCGAAGUCAGAAAUCAAAGUGAAAUAGAAGCACCUUAUAAAUUUGAAUCAUCAAAGCGUGUUAAACAGGUUAACCGAAUACUCUCGCAGCUACCACCAAGAAGCAGCGAAGAAGAGUUGGAAUUUGGGAAUUUCAAAAUAGCUAAUCAGAUAAAUAAAGUUACCGAUGUUAAUUGUGCCGAGUUAGAAUAUAGCCUACAUCAAUGCUAUCACCAGUUUUCAGCCUUUUUCGAUUUAUUUAAACUUCCUUGUCUUGAUAAACAAGAAAAAGUACGCGUUUGCAAAAACUUGCAAAAUGAUGCGUUGAAAUUGUUGCAUUAUCAAAGUUGUUACGAUAUACCUCAAUGUUUUGCCAUCAAGGCCUUUGUGGACGUUGCGUUUGUAAAGAAUUUUGGAAAUUUGGGAGAAAAAACUGACAAUCUGGAUAGCACAGACCAAUUCUAUAAAGAUAUAAAUAAUGCAUUUGACGAGCUUUGGAAAAGUUGA